UUUUUUUUCUUUUCAACUCGACUACUCGAGCUAUUGCAUUACACUACGUAAGUGGCCGAGAUCGGAUUUCCAGCGCCGUCGCUAGAGAAUUAAAGUAAUCGGAUUUGCCGGAGGCGCGAAGCGGCGGAGUGAUGGCCGCUAUCAAGGAGCUAACACGCGAUCUAGAGAACAAAGCCAAUGAUUUCAGAAAACUUGAGAAAGAUAUUCAGAAGAACCAGCAAGUGAAAAAGAAGUACACCAUUCAGCUCGGCGAAAACGAGCUCGUGCUCAAGGAACUGGAUUUGUUGAACGAGGACACGAAUGUGUACAAAUUGAUUGGCCCGGUGCUAGUGAAGCAGGAUUUGGCUGAGGCUAAUGCCAAUGUUCGGAAGCGGAUUGAAUAUAUCUCUGCCGAAUUGAAACGCUUAGAUAGUACUCUUCAAGAUUUACAAGAAAAGCUAAAUAGCAAGCAAGAAUCGAUUGCCAAGCUACAACAAAGAAUCCAGACUCUUCAAGCUGGAAAAGCAAAGGCCUAAUAUGGAAAGGAAUACGUGCUAGCCAUAGAAAUGCUCAAAUUUGGUAUCAAAUGAUCUCUCUAGGGAUGUCCCGUUUAUAGUAAGUCGCACGUCUCUCCUUUUGCCGCAUAAUUUUGUUUUUCGAAUAUUUAGAAUAUAGAAGACGAAUUUGAAGCCUGCUAUAUUUGUCUUGUUACUAGUGAUUAUUCCAUGCCUACAUACGGUUCAUUCAUACAUGUAUAAAUUGAGUGGAGGAUUUUUUUACUGCAGGAAGAAUAUUCUCAUGAUUACAGGUUUCUGUAAAAAUGAUGUUUUUUUUUCAAAUUCAAAUGUCUGAAUUUGGUUGUCAUUCAUACAUGUAUAAAUUGAGUGGAGGAUUUUUUUACUGCAGGAAGAAUAUUCUCAUGAUUACAGGUUUCUGUAAAAAUGAUGGUUUUUUUUCAAAUUCAAAUGUCUGAAUUUGGACAACCGUCUUCGAUGCCAUAGUAACUGGCAAUCAGCUUAUGUAACUGGCUGCUCUCUCAUCUCUCACUUACCACAUUCACGAAGCAACUUCUGAAUGGAAGGCAUGAUUUUGAAGCUGGACAAUCGUGUAUAAAUUCUCAUGCAUAUAUACCAUAAUGACAUUCUUGAAUCUUGAAACUUAAGGCCCCGCGUAGCACUCGGGGCAGAUUAUGUGUUUGCGUACUUGACAGAUCUUUCAGAUUUUGGUCUUGUUAGUGUGUUGCAGAGGGAGGUUAUUUUUUUAUGCAGUUUUCUUUCCAGUUCCAAAUUUAUUAUUUGGGACAUGUUUUUGUUAAUGGCAAACAGUGUUGUCACAGAUGGAACUCCACUUCCCUUCCGACUUGCGUAUGUUAAGCAUACCACAAGCGUUCAUCCUGAGCUAGGAUCGAAUUCUCCAUGAGAUUCAUAACAUACCACAAGCGUUCAUCCUGAGCUAGGAUCGAAUUCUCCAUGAGAUUCAUAGUUUAAUGGAGUACUACAUAAUUUGUGUGGCUUCACCAACAAUAUGAAUAUGAUCAUAUGCUAUUUAAAAGUUAUAGUACUUUGUUAAUAUUAAUAUAAUCACAUGCUAUUUUAUGCUACCA